GUGUGUGUGUGUGUGUGCGUGCGUGUGUGUGCGUGUGUGUGUGUGUAUAUAUACUGGGGCAGCUCAGAGGCAAUAAACCACCCAGGAAACCGUGUCUGGAGCUCUACAACUGCCUCAACAUGAGGAGCUUGAUUUAUUUUCUGGCUCUCGUCAGCUCAGCUGGAGCCCUUGUGUGUCAAUCCUGCUCAGAUGCUCAGUGUUCAAACACAGCACCAGUGACUUGUUCCUCACAGACCAUGUGUCUGGCAGCUUCUGCAGAAAUCAAUGAAGAGGGCAACAUUAGACAGCUGACCUACAAGGCAUGUGCAUCAUCCUCUCUGUGUCCAGCAACUGGCAGCCAGACAUUUUCAGUCAACUUGGCUUUAUCAAAAGCAGUUUUAGCUGUUGGUUGCUGUGACACUGACAACUGCAACUCUCUAACUCCACCUAUCCCUGCUGCUCAGUCGCUCAACAGCCUGUCAUGUAAAUACCGCGACCCUUCCCUUCCUGCUACUGGCGUCACUCAGUGUAGGGGAAUAGAAGACAGAUGCUUUCAAGUGAAGGGGACGACUGGGUCCAGCAUAGAUCAAGCUUCCGGCUGUGCAUCCAACAACCUGUGUGCUGCUGCUGCCAGUCUGGCUGCUCUGCCAAUACUACAGAGUUUCCCUUAUUUGAGGAAUCAGAUAAGUUGUUGUAAGAGCAAUUUAUGUAAUGACCUUACAACAACCACCACUACACCACCACCAAAAACCACCACUACACCACCACCAAAAACCACCACUACAGCACCAACAACACCAAAAACCACCACUACACCACCACCAAAAACCACCACUACACCACCACCAAAAACCACCACUACACCACCACCAAAAACCACCACUACACCACCACCAAAAACCACCACUACAGCACCACCACCAAAAACUACCACUACAGCACCACCACCACCAAAAACUACCACUACAGCACCACCACCACCAAAAACCACCACUACACCACCACCACUACCUAAAACCACCACUACACCACCACCAAAAACCACCACUACACCACCAUCAAAAACCACCACUACACCACCACCAAAAAAAGCAUAACUAACAUCACCAAAAGCACCAAUAAACAUUUAAUGAAAGUCUAUUUACACAUUUAAGUGUGAUUGGAGUUGAAACUGUUUGAAUUACUUUACAGUGCUGCUAGUAUUGAUUGUACUGUAACUGGUGUUUGUGCAGCAUUGCAUAUAUCUUUUGGCAAAUGUCAUGUGGUCAAACACUACGAAAUGUGUAGUUCACAUACAAAUACAAAUACUAUUAAAAUAAAGUUAUGAUCUCUGA